AUGCGAAACCUAGAAUGGGACGAAAUGGGAGCGAAGGAUGAUGGUCGGCAGCUACACUACUUGCGCUUUGUUGAUGACAUCGUACUGAUAACAUUCAGCAGCCAAGCGGAACGAACGCUGACCGAAUUCGACGAAACAUGUGGAUGCAUCGACCUUCAGCUGAAUCUGCUAAAGACGAUGUUCACGCAGCGCAUGGGUCUCGGAUGUCCCAUUCACGCUCAACGGAACGAACAUAUCCGAAUGCACCAGCUACGUUUAUCUGGGUCGGGAGUUGAACAUGAUGAACGACCUGACCUCGAGCUGGGCAGGAGGAGACGAGCGCCUUGGGGAGCGUAUAAGAGCAUCGAGGAUGUAGUGAAGAAGACUAGGAACACCCGGCUCACCUCCUCAACACCACAGUGUUUCCUGCUCUGA